AGCUUCUGUGGAAAACCAAGCAAUUGUGGUGGUCGCACUUAUAUGGGUGGACAAAACCACAACUACCGUUGGCUAUUGUUUAACAACUUCAGUUAGGUGGUUUCAAUCGCAGGCGUCAUCUUCAACCGCGGUGCAAUUGUUCCCGUAUUUACACGCACUGCAACACGGCCCCUCAACCUCGGCCUGUAAAAUGUAUUCCCAAAUACUGAGGGACUACAAGGACGCCAUAACAGAGAGGGUUAGUUAUUUCAACUCUUUAGCAGACGAGGUCCUGCCAAAUGACCCCGACGGUGAGAAUCUACGCAGGUCUUUUCACAGUAGGACAAAUCCAGUUAAGGCGGUCCGUAAGAUCGUCGAGCACGAGGAACGCGCAGAGAGAUUCCUGAAGGCAUUCGGUAAGAUGGACCCCUGGUUAUAUAAUGACCUGAGACAGUACGGACCACGGGGAAGGUUCGUCAGGAAAGCUCCUCCCGCUGUGACUUUGACAGAGAAGGUGUGCGCCGCGCUCGGCGACAAAGCCCACGCUCUAAGGUUCAUGCUUCUGAUACCGGAGUAUGCUCGGAAGAUUACACACGUCUACUCCGCGGUAGACGUAUUGAUGGCACACGAGCAAUUGCUUCCCGAAGAAUAUGCCGAGCUCAACGUAAACUCUGAUGAUGAGUACACUAUGAUCCGGUAUCUGGAGAACCUGUGCGGGGGCACUACCAUCCCCGAACCCAACCGUCGGUUCAUCUCCUUGCCAAUCGUUCCAUGGAGCCUCAAAAUGUCCAACCUCAUUCGCUUUAGCCAACCAUUCCAUGGAGCCUCGAAGCAUCCAACCUCAUUCGCUUUAGCCAACCGUGCCAUGGAGCCUCGAAACGUCCGACCGUUCCGCUGA